GAGAGAGAGAGAGAAACACACCGGACCUGUUGAUAUCACAGCCAUGACUUACAGAGAGAGCUGUACGCUGGAUUUUAACCCUUGGAGUUGAUGACACUUAUUUUAUUUGUUGUAUAUUGUCGGGUGCCUAAAUGCUGUCACUGGGCAAAAUGCACUCCAGAGCAAAGUCCCGGAGUUGCGACAACUACCUGAGUAUUAAGGACGCUGAGUCUUUGGACAAUUGCAUUCAGAACACCUUGUCAGCCCUGUACCGACCCUUCAGUGCCACUGCCGCCACUGUCCUCUGGCAGCUCUUCAGCGUGGUGGAAAGGCAGUACAGAGGAGACGGCCUCCGCUGCCUUAUUGACUUCUUGCUCCCUGCAAAGCGGAUUCUGCAGAUCAUCCAACAAGAAACCUCUGUGAAGUUCAGAGGAUUGCUGUUCUAUCAUGAGGGCUGGCCUCUCUGCAUCCAUGAAAAAGUCGUCCUGCAGAUCGCCCCUUUGCACAAAGUGCGACUAAAGCAAGGAGACUUCUACCUACAAAUAGUUCCUCUAGGGCGCAAGACCGCUAAGCUCGUAAUAAAAUGUUUGUCGGCCAGUGGGCAGGCCAUUACAGAUAUCCCCAUCGCAGAGAGCAUGUAUGGCAGCGUCUUCACAGCUGAGUUCCUGCAGAAUGUAACACGAGACCGAAACAUACAGCCGCUACAGAACUGCCUGCUCACCACCGGUAAGUCCGUGUACAGGACGCCGUGGAAGAACGUGGUUAACCCGCUUUUUGUCAGCAGCACGUCAGACGCCAUCAUGCAGGCGCAAUGCAGCAGAGGUGGAUUCCUUAGCCAGCUCAGCACCUGCAGCACCAGUGGUUCGACGGGUACUCUGGACAGCCACCGCAGCUCCAGAGAGUCCCUGCACUCACAGGGAGACUCCCUUUUCUCUGAGCCCGCCUCCCCAAACAGACAUUUCAUGGACCCCAGCAGUGAGACCCACAGUGUUAGUCCACCAGACUCUACUACACCCAUUAUUAAAAUCGAAGGACCCACUGAGGAGGGCAAUAUCAGACGAGGGAGCGAGGAUAGCAGUGAAAAGGAGCCAGGGCCUGGGUCCAAAAUGCUCUCUUUUAGCACAGACCUCAGUAACCCAGGCCCUCGCCGCCGCCUCCCAAGGGACUCUGUAACAUUCGAGAGCAAAAGACUUUUCAGGAAGUCUUACAUGGAGGCUCUGCAGAACCCCAUGAGCCUCGGGUCCAGCUCUGAAUCCAUCCUGGAGGAAAACCCAGAGCACAGUGCUGGGCUAAGAGACAGGAUGGUGACACCCGGCAGCAGCCCUGACACCCGGACCCCCUCCAGAGAUCACUUAUCUCGGAGGCUGGGUAGCCGUGGCUGGCUCAUUGGGGAUGAUUCCAGGCCCAGCACGCCUUUGCUUUACUUACAGAGGGGGCUGAGGAGUGCAGAAAGGCGGGCCGAAAGACGUUCAAAGUCAUUGGAAAGGACUAACAAAGCGGGACAGGUCAAAGGUCACAGAGAACGAUCCUCUUCUGGAGGCUCGACCAGUAUCUCUCCCAAAAAACUGAUUAACGGAUACACUUUUCAUAUUGGGAAGCUGGGUAUCGAGGCAGCUUUUCCUGGUUCUGAGAGAAGAAGCAGCAAAGAGGAGCCAGGUUUACGUGAUGACACCAUCAGCAGCGAGAUCAGGGGGCACAGAUACAGCAGAGAGGAGUCACACAGUCCUAAAGCUGCAAAUGGGUCAGCCAUCAGGCUGGCUUCAAGCUCGCCCUAUGAGAGUAUCACCGCACUCCCUAGACUGGUGUCUGAAGUCAAUCAAGAGCUGCUCACAUCAGGCGCUGUGAUGCUGCCAGGAAACCGAGAUCGCAGUGGGAGGGCGGUGCUGCAGGUGUGCACGAGAGCUCAGGUGUGGGCAGGUGAGAGUUGCACGGUCAGUGACCUCACCUGUUUACUGGGCUACUACUACUCCACACUGCGGAAGGAAAGGCGUGAUCAAGGUCUCUCUGUUGUUAUAGACAGCAGGAGGCAGCAGCCGGUUCCAGCUCUUUUGUCAUCUCUGUCUGAAUUGCAGGCGUUAGUACCAAAUGCACUUUACACAGUUCUCUUCCUGGUGGACAAGGAGGCAGCGGCCAAACCUGAGAGAGACAUCAAUGUACAGACUGAGACACUGUCCUCUCUGAAGUCCCUGCUGAAGCACAUCGAUCAGACUCAGCUCACAAGAGACCUGGAGGGAACCUUCCACUACGACCACAACCACUGGAUCCACUUCAGACAGAAAAUUGAACCCUUUGCCAGCAGUUGUAGUGCAUCCAUCUCCUCCCUUCAGGAGUCUAUUAGCACAUUGAGCAACAGCGGCAACCUGAAGACCUCUCAGGAGGUGUCAGAGGUGAUGGAACAGCAAAGGCAUCUCAUGAAACGAGUGCUAGAUGACACUCGUCUAAACCGACUGCGACUGGAAGGAGGAACUGUCCUCGCGCGCAUCAGGAAGGAAGAGGCCUGUGAGAAUGAGAACUACAGAGAUGCUGUAGACAGGUUGAAUGCACUGUACAACCAAGUAGAUGAAGAAGUCCACAAGCUGGUGAUCCUGUCCAACAAGUCUCAGAAACAGUUAGAGAGUCUGCUGGAGGUGCGCAAGUUUGAGGAGCAAACGCAACAGAUCAAAGUCUGGUUCAGUGGAGAGGGAGAUAAGCAACUCACACCUUUGGAAACACUGACUCUGUCUGUGACCAAAAUAAAGGAGAUGAGAGAGAGCUUGGACCAGUUUAUGGAGGAGUCAGUGCACCAGCAGAGGCAUGGCUUGCAGCUGGUAAAGGAGUCUCCAGAGUCUCUUCCCGGUUCUGCUCUCCUUGACUUUAAGCAGCAUCUGGGCUCCAUCUUAGGCAGAGUGGAGAGGAGGAAGGCCCAGCUAGACAUCCUAGCCAACCUGUAUGAAUUCUAUGACUCGGUGAACCAGUGGAUGGAGCACUGCCAGGAUUAUUUCUGUCAGCUGAGUCUGGACAGUACAGGUGUUAGACUGUCGCCAUCAGAGGUUCAGAACCUGCAGGAUUACUACGCUGAGGCAUCCAAGUUCUCUGUGGAUAACUUCAGCACCCUCAAUGACAUGGUGCUGUCUCUGGAGAGUCCUCAGCAGCUGGAGCAGUUGAACACAGUGUGGCACAAAUGUCAGCGGACCAAGCAGCAGCUGGAAGAGGUUUUGGCUCAAUCAAUAACAGCAGAACCGGACUGUACAGAUGCUGAUCGCGCAGCUUCUUUAAAGACUCCUGAAAAGCAGAUUGCAACAACAGAAGAGUGUGGAACUAACGCAUGUGUCCUUUUACCUGGAGCAAUCACACCGUUAACUUUUGAGGACAACAAGCUUCCCUCUGCCGAGCCUUUCUCCAAGAGCCCCUCCAGCUCGAUCUGCUCCUCUUCACACUUCCCUUUCUCCCCCGACUGCGACAGCAAACUGAGGCAGAGUCCUUCCAUGUUCGAGGACACGGACAGCGAUUGCACAAUCGACUCGACCAUCUCCUGCCACUCGGAGCCCGUCUACUCUGGAGCUGCCCGGCUUCGCAAGCAGCCCAUGAAGAAGAUCAUGAAGAAGACCAUGAGCUUUGAGCUGACCCCCAGGGACAGCAGUCACUCCGACGUCAGCCACAUUCACGGCUACACGGGCGUUUACAUCAAGGGUUUGGAAGUGGCAAAUAACGUGUCUGUGGAGAAGAAGCUGCAGAGACCUGACGUGACGAGCCCCGCGUUAGGACGCAGCCGCAGCAUGUCGACCCCCACCAGGAUCCACAACAGACGCAGCGAGGGAGAUGGAAAGAAACAGAGCAGUAAAGUGCAGCACAUCAUGGAUGAGAUGAUUUCCACAGAGAGGGAGUACGUCCGCUCCCUCAGCUACAUCAUCGAGCACUAUUUCCCGGAGAUGGAGCGACUUGACCUGCCGCAGGACCUGCGGGGGAAGCGAAGCAUCAUUUUUGGGAACAUGGAGAAACUGUGGGACUUCCACAGUCAGUACUUCCUGAAGGAGCUGGAGUCGUGUGCCCACUCCCCGCUCUCCAUCAGCAGCUGUUUUCUCAGACAUGAGGAUCAGUUUGGAAUGUAUGCUCUGUACAGCAAGAAUAAGCCCCAGUCCGACACUCUGCUCUGCAGCCAUGGCAACGAAUUCUUUAAGAAUAAGCAGAUGGAGCUGGGGGACAAAAUGGACUUGGCAUCCUACCUGCUGAAGCCCAUCCAGAGGAUGAGUAAAUACGCCCUGCUCCUCAAAGACCUGAUCAAGGAGUGCAGUCAGUCCCAGGAGCAGGAGCUGAGUGACCUCCGCACUGCAGAGGAGAUGGUCAAGUUUCAGCUUCGCCACGGCAACGACCUGCUGGCUAUGGACGCCAUCCGAGGCUGUGAUGUGAACCUUAAGGAGCAGGGUCAACUCCGCUGCCAGGAUGAGUUCAUAGUCUGGUGUGGACGCAGGAAAUACCUCCGCCACGUCUUCUUGUUUGAAGACCUCAUCCUCUUCAGCAAGACCAAGAAGAUCGAAGGAGGAUAUGACUUUUACAUCUACAAACAGUCCUUCAAAACAGCAGAGAUUGGUAUGACUGAAAAUGUCGGUGACAGCGGCUUACGCUUUGAGAUUUGGUUUCGUCGGAGAAAGUCACAGGAUACGUUCAUAUUGCAAGCCAGCUCGUCAGAAGUCAAGGUGGUGUGGACAGCCAUCAUAGGGAAGAUUCUGUGGAGACAGGCACUCAGAAACAGAGAGUUGCGCAUGCAGGAGAUGGUGUCCAUGGGAAUAGGAAGCAAGCCUUUUAUGGACAUCAAGCCAAGUGACGCAGCGAUCAGUGACAGAGCCAUUGAUUAUAUCAUGAAGGGGUCAGAGUCUAGAACCAGAGCGUCCAUUGCAGUGCCCUCGUUUGAACACGCCACCUCCUUUAAGAGACCUCACUCCACCAUCUCCAACAGCAGCACCUCCUCCUCCAGCAGCCAGUCGUCCUCUUCCCUGCUGGGCUCGCUCAAUCUUCAUCUGUACUCCUCCCCCUCUCACCCGCACACACAUCCGUAUCCGAUGAGCAGCAUUCCCUCCUUUGCCCAGUGGCCCUACGACUGCAUAGAGGAGGACGAGCUGGAGCAGGACAGCGGGAGCCAGCCCUCCAUGAUCACCGAGAGUUCAGAGACUUCCUCCCAGUGUACCUCCACUGACAGUGUAUCCGGGCUGAGCACCCUCACCCUACCGGGGCACCCUAGCACCGGCAUGGACUCCUUCAAUAACAAUGACCCCCCGUCCUUCCUUUGCUCCUCCACACCUCCCUCCUCCAUAGUGUCUGCUUCCAUAUUCCAGAAAGAGGAGGACCUCCAACCCCAGGGCACCACGUUCAUCACAGCAAGCAAGACCUCUCUUAUAGCAGUAGGCCUCUCUACUGUGGUCUGACUCAGAGCUGAGGCCUUUUAGCUCACUGUGAAGACCACAAGUUGUAUGCGACGUCAUGUCACAGCAGCUUGUUUACGGGGAUGGAAAUAAAGGAAGUUCAGGGUCCGAGGAGCGCUAAGACUUUAAUGGAUGAAGCACAACAGAUGUGACAUUUCAUUAUGUUUCUGUAAAUGUUGACACAUAUAAAAACAUUUAAAAAACACUGCCAUGAUGGUACGUCAUUGGUCUGUACAUUUGUUUCGAUGAACUGUUGUAGGUAUGAAUCAGUGUUUAUAUUGUAGAUGAGUUUUUUAUUGUGUAUUUUAUGAAAGAAACAAACAAAAAACAAUAGCAGGCAGGUGAAUCCAGACUUGUUGUACUGUCAUUUGUGGGGGUUUUUUGCCAGCCCUUUAUUAUGACAAAUUUGUACAGGUGAUUAAAAAAAUGUUCAAACAUG